ACCUGGUCAUAGUAUUCCACAAGUGCUCAAGUGCUCAUCGAGCUCAUUCGUACAAAGGAAUCCAAGUGUUCACUAACUUCUGUCAACUUACAAAAAUUUAGGGUACUUCCAUUUUCAGGCGAAUCCAUUCUCAGUCUUUAAUUUUAUUAGUUCCCGAUAGUGACAAAUUGCAUUACCAAGUUAACCUUGUUAGCUCCAUCUGUUUUUCACCAUGGCGUACUUCCGGGUGUCAGUGCUUAUAUUCUGCAUUUGCUUCUUCCUAUCCGUCCAAGCUAGAAGGUAUAACCAUGUAAAGCACAAGCAUAAACAUCAUCACCACAAAAUCGAUGAAAUUCAGGAACCACCUUCUCCUUCUCCUUCUCCUUCUCCUUCUAAACCUCAGCCUAAUGAUCCAUCUAAUGACGGGAAUGCCAAUAAUUUUACUGUUUCUCCUUCUCCCCCACCAGAAGAAGAUGCUAAUGAUCCUCAUUCUCCUUCUCCUUCACCUGAGACUACUACCCCACCUAACUAUGGGAAUGCCCAUAAUUCUACUGCUGCUCCUCCUCCUUCUCCUUUACCUAACAUUUCUAGGCCACCUAAUUAUGGGAGUGCCUAUAAUCCUACUCGAGCUCCAUCUCCUUCACCAGCACCCGCUAGCUCACCAAAUGAUGAUUCCAAAACUGGUGUUUUUGAUGUACGUAAAUUUGGUGCAAUUGGUGAUGGCAUAACAGAUGACACUGUAGCAUUCAAGAUGGCAUGGGACACUGCCUGCCAAAAUGGUUCCGCCGUCAUCCUUGUUCCGUAUGGUUUCACCUUCAUGAUUCAAUCUACUAUUUUCACAGGUCCUUGUCAAGGUCGCUUAGUGUUUCAGGUUGAUGGUACUCUUUCGCCUCCUGAUGGACCAGAUUCCUGGCUACAAAAAAACAGCAAGCGCCAGUGGCUGGUCUUCUACAGAAUCAAUGCAAUGUCGCUACAAGGAGGUGGUGUUAUUGAUGGCAGAGGACAGAAAUGGUGGGAUCUGCCUUGCAAACCCCACAAGGGAGUAAAUGGAACGACAACGCCUGGAUCAUGUGAUAGCCCCACUGCCAUAAGGUUCUUCAUGAGCUCUAACUUGACUGUUCAAGGACUAAGAAUCAAGGAUAGCCCUCAGUUCAACUUCAGAUUCGACAACUGCAAGAAUGUCCAUGUAGAAUCCAUUCACAUAACAGCUCCUGCCCUGAGUCCCAACACUGAUGGGAUCCACAUAGAGAACACUAAUGCCGUUUAAAUAUAUAAUUCAGUCAUCUCUAAUGGUGACGACUGUGUAUCCAUAGGAUCAGGUUGCUACGACGUAGAUAUAAAAAACAUCACAUGUGGACCUGGUCACGGAAUCAGUAUUGGGAGUCUAGGCAACCACAAUUCCAGAGCCUGUGUUUCCAAUAUCACAGUUAGAGACUCUGUGAUUAAAGUUUCAGCUAAUGGUGUUAGAAUCAAGACAUGGCAAGGCGGAUCUGGAGCUGUAUCAGGAAUAACAUUCAGUAAUAUUCACAUGAACAAUGUUAGGAACCCAAUUAUAAUCGACCAAUUCUACUGCCUCAACAAGGGUUGCACCAACCAAACUUCGGCAGUCCAUGUAUCCGAUAUUCUAUAUUCAAACAUCAAGGGAACCUACGAUAUUCGUAGCCCACCAAUGCAUUUCGCUUGCAGUGACUCCGUCCCAUGCACUAAUUUGACACUCUCCGUCGUUGAGCUUCUUCCGUCUCAAGGAUAUUUAAUGAAAGACCCGUUUUGUUGGAAUGCUUAUGGAAAUUUACAAACAUUAACCAUUCCUCCAGUCUCCUGCUUGAUGGAAGGAAUCCCUCGAUCUCUCUAUGACAGUGACAUAGAACAUUGCUGAUUCAUAUAUAUAUAUAUAUAUAUAUAUAUAAUGUAAAAACCAUAGUUCCAAUAUAAAUGUAAACAAUUAAUUGUGA